UGAUAACAACAUGGAUACUAAUUAUUCUGAUUGCAUCACACCAACAAGCUAUGAUUACUACGGUAUGGGAACACAAUCGGAGAAGUCUAAAUAUGUUUAUUAUAUAAACAUACGUACUGGAGAUAAUGUAGCAAGCUUUGCAAAGAACAGGACCAUUUAUGAGCGCCUUGAAGGAUGUGACUCUGAGGAACAACAGGAGUUGCGUGGUAAAGAGAUCAAACGAAUGAUAAGCUAUUACGAUAGUCUCUUUGAAGACUUAAUUAAAAGGGACUCUGUUGUGCAUAUUUACAUUGUUCUUCGACAAGAAAGAAAAUACUGUGGCAUGCGUUCCUUUGCAGAGAUCUGUAAACCAGAUUCCAGUGAGAGAUUCAGGUUCACACGAGAUGUUGAAGUCAUAGCAUCCAAUGAAACUGGAAAAGAGGAUAUGAAUAGUAAUGAUAAACCAAGCGAUGUCUUACCGAUGGCAUUGCUUACUCUCUCGGAUACCCUCGAAUCCAUCGAAACCAAUCCUCUUUUAGAAAGAUACAGGGGAAACAAAUGUUACUGG